UAUCUGAAUAUAAGUUACUUGAUAUCAUGAAAACAACUAAACAACGUCGAAAAAGACUUACCAGAGAAAGGCAACAAAAUUUCAAAAAGAGAAGAAAUGUUAAUGGCACGGAAACAAGAGUAGAAGUAGAGAACACAAAUGUGCCAGAAAUGAUCCAAAAUAAUAAUAUUAUUGAGUUAGUUGAUCUGGAACUUCCUAUUAUUAUAAAUGAGAUUAAUAGUCAAGCUGUUGAAAAUAAUGGCGAGUGUUUCUUUGUAGAUGGUUCAGAUAAUACCAGAAAACUAUUUUUGUAUAAUAUUCUAUUAGCAUAUAUCAGGUCACUUGAAGAAAUUGCUGUAGCAGUAGUAUCUGCACUUUUAAUAAGUAGUGGUCAUACUGCAUAUAGUCAAUUCAAGAUUCACUUAAACCAAAUAAAUCUUCAAUCUGUAAUAUUUUACGUGAAAACUGAUAAUAACGAUGAGAAUCAAAGACAAAGACAAUUUGCCAAUUUUCUUUUAAAAAUUGAAGAAAGUAAGUAUUCAGUCAUCCCAGGCACAGAAGACAAGAUAGAACUUCCUUUAAACAUAGCGAUGUCUAGAGAGAAAUUACAGGAUCUUAUCGACUUUGUCUAUCCCAAUUUGGUUAAAAAUUCUAGCGAUGUAAAUUACAUUGUUAGUAGAGCUAUUUUAAUACCAAAAAAUGAUGAUAUUGAGAAUAUAUCGAGCAUGAUAAUAGAUCAGUUUUCUAGCAAAAUUCAUAUAUACCCUAGCACAGACAACAUGAGUUUAAUAAAAAAUAGUAAUGCAGAACAACCUCAGAUAUAUUUACCAAAAUUUUUAAGAUCUUUAAAAAUUUCUGGUCUUUCAUCUAGUGAAUUAAAUCUAAAA